AUGGCACCCAGUCGGCCAGGACUCAAAAAUGAGUCUAGCCCAGGCUCUCUACUCAGCGAUGCAGAGACCCAGUUCGAGGUCGGCAACCUCGACGAAGCGGUUACGCUUGCCCACAAAGCCUUGGAAUCAACCGGCGCCGGGGGCGACUUCGAGCUCCGCGCGCUCAAUUUACUCGGCACGCUGGCAGUGGAAUCAGGCGACGCCGACGAAGGACGCAGCUACUUUGAGCGAGCAGUCGAGCUGGACGAGGAUGGCAUGGCGGACGAAAAGGUUGGCGGCGGGCCGGACAAGUUCCUCUUCCUCGCGCAGCUGAGCGAGGACGGCGGCGAGGACAGCGUCAAGUGGUUCGAGAAGGGUGCCUCAGCUCUGCGCAGCCAGAUCCAGAACCUGACGGGCCUGGCGAGCAGGACCCCCGAGCAGCAGGCCAGCCUGGAUGAGAAACAGGAAAAGCUGGGCGGGGCGCUGUGCGCCGUGGCCGAGGUGUACAUGACGGAUCUCUCUUGGGAGGCGGACGCCGAGCAGCGCUGCGAGGCGCUCAUUACGGAAGCCAUCAUGAUUGCGCCCGGUCUCCCCGAGACGUGGCAGACCGUUGCGAAUGUGCGCAUCUCGCAGGAGCGCGUGGAUGAGGCGAGGCAGUCGCUGAAGCGGAGUCUAGAGCUGUGGCAGGAUUUGCCCCCGGGCCAUCCUAUCGUCCCCGCGUUCCCCACGAGAAUCGGUCUUGCGCGGUUGUUGUUGGAGACGGAGCUGGAGGAAGAUGCGCUCAGGGUGCUGGAGCGACUGGUUACGGAUGACGAUCAGAGUGUGGAGGCGUGGUACCUGGGUGGAUGGUGCCUGUAUAUUGUAGGCGAGAAGCAAAGGGAUGGUCAAGGUCAGCAGAAUGGAGAUGCAAAGAACGAGUGGAGAUCGACGUGGUCGACGGCGAGGAAGUGGCUGUGGCAGUGUGUAAAGUUGUAUACCAUGUUGAACUAUGAGGAUGAGAGACUGGGCGAACAUGCCGACGAGUUGUUCCGGGAGAUUAGCGAUGAGUUGGGCGAAAUGCCGGAGGGUGAGAGGGAUAACUGGGAGGAUUUCGGGGACGAAGAUGAGGUUGAGAUGGAUGACGAAGACGAGGAAAUGGAGGGUUGA